AUGUCAGAUCCUACAUCCAAGAAGCCAUCCAUUCCUUCGUGGCAACAACAGUCUGCCAACCCACCAGCUGAUCAGCCACCCUCAUCGCCGAACUCCGACGCCGCGCCGUCCGCCUCCCGGCAAGAGCUGGUCGACCAAGCAGCCCGAUUCCUCGAGGAUGACUCGAUUCGCGACGCAUCCACAAACCACAAGGUGUCCUUCCUCGAAUCUAAAGGCUUAACCCCCGACGAGAUCCAGACCCUGCUUGGUGUUUCCCGAAACGCGGAGGCGACCAGCAUCAACCCAGACACAGCCGAGGGCAAAGCACCUCCUUCCUCUUCUCCUUCUUCUUCCUCUUCCUCAGAAUCCCAAUCAACCGAAGUGUCCCCUUCCUCCUCCUCCGCGACCUCGCCAUCCCCUUCCACCACCAUGUCGCAACCGCGCUCGACGACCAGCGCACCGCAAAAAGACGUGCCGCCUAUAAUCACCUAUCCCGAAUUCCUCGUCCAGUCCUCCAAACCACCGCCAUUAGUCACAAUGCGCAGCGUACUCUACACCCUCUACGGCGCUGCAGGUCUAGGUGCCAGCAUCUACGGCGCAAGCGAAUUUCUCGUGAAACCGAUGCUAGCAAGCCUAACGAGCGCGCGGCACGACCUCGCCAUCACUGCCCACCAAAACCUGCAGAAACUCAACGAGAAGCUCGAGCAGAACGUCUCUGUCAUCCCAGCACAUCUCACAGCUCGCAAACCCAAACUUGCACUGGACGAUGAGGAGGACGAAGUCGACCACGACGGCGACUCGGUCACCUCCGACCCAACGGAACUGUUCCACCGGGACGUUGCGACGCAGACAACUCCCGAAGAAUCUUCGACGCCGCUCUCCUCGAGCUCAUCUACGGACGAACUCACCUUGACAGGCGCAGGCAUUGCAGUUUCCAACCACCUCAAGCGCCUCGAGUCAAUCCAGUCCCAAUUGCGCGAGGUAGUCGACUGCGAAAAAGACGCCAGCUCUCUCGAGGACUCGAUGCGAUCCGGUCUCACGGAUCUGCACCACUACCUCGACGGCCUGAUCUACAGCGCCCCUGCUUACACGGCUGCUGGUGCUUCGUACGGUGUGUACGGCGGGAGCGGCUCGAGCGUGGAUAACAGUGCCAUGGGCGUGCGCAAGGCUGAAGAUGACGCCAUUGCAGCCUUCAAGGCGGAUAUUCGUGGUGUCAAGGGCGCGCUGCUGAGCGCGAGGAAUUUCCCAGCUAGUCGCGGUGGACGGCUGGGUGGUGUGCCUGCUGCUGGCGCGAGGUGA